AUGACAGAAUUGGUUAUGAAAGACGGAGUAAUGGAAUUAUCACAGGCUUUCUCGCCAUUACGCGAUACUAUCGCAACGAGUUCGAAAUUGGGUACAAUACAACUUUAUUCUAACUUUAUAACUAAUGAACAGUUUGAAGUAACAUAUUCUACGGUUGCUCAACAACAAAUACCUGUAUGUUCGAGACAAGUUAUAGCUCCUCAAUCAGAAACAAGCGUUGUUAGACGAGAUACUCUUAUUCUUAAACCAUCAGUUCUUCUUGGUUUUGAUGCACGUAAUCAAUGGAAUUUGCACUGGGGACUUCGUUAUGAUGGCGAUGAAACUUUACGUGGUAUUCCUGCUAACAGAUUUAAAUCAUGUUUUUAUGUAGAUGAUAUUAAAGCAACAGUAUCAGCUACUUAUCAUGUAUCAGAUAUCGAGAAAUUUCAAGCGUAUUUACCAGCAAACCAAAGUAUUAUUUUACAAAUAGAUGUAACCGUAACAAAUCCACGUCAAAAUAUAGAAUCCUAUACAUACAAUGUUUUUCAUUAUGCACCGAAUCCCAGUCGACGUGAAGAUCGUCAAGCAUUAGAAACACCAACGGGUGUAUUUUGUCCAAAUCGAACAUCAACAUUUCCUGUACCAUCAAAUAUUCCAGAUAGAGUUAGCACAAAUGUUGAAACGUUUAUACCAACUUUAAACAAUUCAAUAUUUAGUACACACAGUUUAUAUGAUAAUGAUUUUCAAUUUACUCGUAUUGAUACUUGGUAUCCUGAUCCAUUAGGCGGACUACAGUGGUUACAUGCCUCUGAAAUACAUGAUUUUGUAACUGGCCUCAACUAUCACUAUAAUAGUACAACAGGUCAAUGUAUUGUUCGUGAUAUAACCCUAAAUGAUAAUGAUGCUAUAGUGGUGGAUGGAAAGCCAAGUUUCGUACAAAUGAGUUCCGUACAACAUUUUUUUUUAAUGGAUGAUAGUUCGUAUCACUAUACUGGUGAAAAACCAUGUGGUGAUCACGUUUGGUGUCAUGUAUGGAUCGGUGAAAAACUGUUAACAAACAAUAUAGUUCAACAACGAGAAUUGUAUUGGGCAUUAGCUAUACAUGGUGAACCUUUAAUACAUUCGAUUCCAAUGAAACUGGUUUUGAAAAAUUAUGCUAAUGGUAUCCCAGUAUUUACAGCUGAAGAAAACAUUUUUAACUUUCGUCGUAAUCAAAUGACAAGCUUCGAAAUUGAUCACAUGUUGGCUGAUUGUUAUCGUGCCUUGGGUCCCGAAGAAAACUACAAUCUCGGUGUAAUCUCGUUUACUGUGGCAAACGAUAAUGAGUAUCCAGUGCAGGAGAACAUUGAUCAUUUACGACAUACAAUUUGGCAAACUCUGAUAACUAUUCUUCAGGUGCGAUCCAUUCGAAUUUCUAACAUCAUUGUCGAUCGCGAUGGCAAGGAUCUUCCAGUAACAUUUACACUGUUAGAUGUACCACCGCGUCUAGGACCAGUAGAAAUUCUCUUACAAGAACCAUCGCUCAUUACAGCUAUCGAACGUCUUCGUGCAGUGAUAGAUGCACAUGCCUUGAUAUUUCGAGCAAAAUACGGUACUAAAGAAGUUAUUUUACGAGCGCGAAUCAAUUCGCUCCAUGUCAUCUAUACGAGUUUUGAUCAAAAUUCUAACCAAUGUUUUAAUCAAACUUUUGCUCGAAGUCAAAAUCCUGAGGAAUGUCCUGAUACAACAACUGAACAAAAUCUUAAUCAAAACAUUGACAUAGUGUACCUGAGCUCGGGUCCAUUAAUCACUGGUUUCUGGAUUGGAUUCAUCAUUCUGGGUCUUUUCGUCGGUAUAGUCGGUGGCUUUUUUGUUUUGAAACGUUUUUUUUGA